AUGGCCUCAUUCUUGCGAGGAAAGCAGGCGGGGAUGCAAAAGGACCUGUCUGCAGAUAUCCUUCCCCAUUUAUUUGCCCCAGAUGAGCAGAUCCGAUAUGGCAUCAAUUCACAGAUCAGUUGUAUGGCCUAUGAGCCAGUCCAAUCCCUCCUCGCCGUCGGGACAAACGAGUCGAAAUAUGGCAACGGAAAGGUUUACAUCUUCGGGCAGAGCAGAGUCCAAAAAUUCGUCCAGCCAUCCCGACAAGCAUCCAUCCGAGACAUCCAGUUUUGCGCGAACCGCCUUAUAACCUUGGACUCCAAGAGCGAGAUUACAAUUUGGAACCUCGAUACGGCCGAGCGUAUUGCGGGCUAUGUUUGCCCAGGCGCAGUCGUGACCAUGGUCACCGAUCCAAUGCUUGACUGGGCGCUGCUUGGACUGUCGAACGGCGAUGUCAUGGCUUAUGACCUGGACCGGGAGAGAUUGUCACCCUUCAGAAUCCCUAACUUCUGGAGGCAGAAGGAUUCUAAGGCUAAGAUGCCGACACUGGUGUCAAUGCAGCUGCAUCCUCGGGACAUCGGGAAGUUGCUGAUUGGGUACACCACCGGCGCCGUUGUAUACUCAUUCAAGCAGAAUGCGCCCCAGAAAUUCUUCGAAUACGUACUACAGCCAGGGGCUCCUGGCGGCAAUGGAGAGUCUGUAGACUCGCUGCGCAAGCCGCGACUCUCUCAUGCUCUGUGGCAUCCUACAGGAACAUUUAUUCUCACAGCCCACGAUGAUGGAAGUCUAGUGUUCUGGGAUCCCAAGGAUGGUCGAAUUGUUCAGGCCAGGUCGCUGUACAAAACGAAAGUCGACCAGGUCUCAGGUGAUCCAGGGAUAGCCACUUUCAUCAACCCAUAUAUCAAGAUUGCGUGGUGCUGCAAGGAGAAUCCAGAUGACACGGCACUAUUGAUUGCCGGAGGACAUACCAUUCGAAUCUGGGACUUGGGACAUGGUGACGAGAUGGAGAAUCCCACCCAACUACAAGUAGACAUCGCCAGGGCUCUUGGCAGGUAUGAAGAUGUUGACAUCACUGCAAUGCAUAUGGCUCCAAACACUGGCGAGUUUGCUGCGGGCACGAGAGCUGGUGAGGUGGUUAUCUACAGAUGGGGAGGAAACAAGUUCUUCGGGCGUGACGAGCCAAAAGAAAUCGUGCCAAACCCUGGCGGUCUGACAGAUAUCAGCUCGAGAUCAGAGCCGUCAUUGAAAGAAGUCACCCAGUCAGAAAUUCGCAUUUUCAAACCUGCGACUGCAAAGGGGGCAUCAAAAUCUUUUGAUGACGUUCUCUGCGAUGCAGCUGCGAUUACCGAGUUUGAGCUCCACGGAUUCGCUCUUGUUGGUGCUUUUGGUGACCGUACAACCCGAGCGUUCACCCUUCCAGGACUAAAGGAGAUCAAUAGAGUUCCCCUCAACAUGCUGGACGCCUCUCGAAGCACAAACACGAUUGUCGCGUCUACCGGUGACGUGGUUGGCUGGGCUGGCCCGAGUGAACUUGUUGUCAUUCCCGUUUGGGGCACAGGCAAGGGUCUUCAGAACACAGAUGACAAGCUCAUCAAUCCGGAGUUAUUGAUACCUGCACGGCCAACAAUUUCGAAUAUGCAAUGGAUCUCCGGGACCCAGUACGUCUCGCCAAUGGACCUAGAUUUGCUUAUCGGCGGACCAGAUCGGCCCCCGAGUAAGCGAAUGAUUGAAGCCGCUGCCGUGGAGGCUAGAAUGGCCCGAGCGGGUGGUACAACGAGCCCAAGAGCCGGCACUAGUCAAGAAGGCUGGGGCGAAUACCUCCAGAGGCAGAUUAACGAGCGGACAGAGAAGCUGAACCUGAUGGGCGACAACAUGGAUGAUCUUCAGGAACAGAGCCAGGGCUGGGCAGACGAUGUCAAUAAAUAUAUCGGCAAGCAGAAGAGAAACCUUGUGCUUGGCAGUAUCAAGGGGAAGUUCUUCUGA